AUUAGUUCGCAAAUUUGAUAUGGUUGCUCCACUCGAAAGUCUCCCAUUCUAUCCGCGUGUAUCAACAAUAUCCUCUGUACAGUGUUGGUACUAGCUCAGGCAGAAUGAGUGGAGAAGAAGUGGAACGUAUGCUGAUACAGUUUCAGGAUGAAGCUGGUGAGGCCCUUGGAUCCCAAUUCGAUGUUCCCCUCGACAUCACCCCAGACAAACUGCAGCUGGUCUGUAAUGCUCUGCUCCAGAAGGAGGAGCCAGUGCCCCUGCUGUUCUUUGUGCGAGACGCAGAGGUGGUGUCGUCCUUGAGGACGUGUGUGCAGAGCCUGGGUGUGGAGACGGAGCAGGUGCUCCCCGUGGUGUACCAGCCCCAGGCGGUGUUCAGGGUGCGGGCCGUAGCGCGCUGCACAAGCUCCCUGGAGGGUCACACCGAAGCAGUCAUAUCUGUAGCAUUCAGCCCCACCGGAAAGUAUUUAGCCAGUGGUUCAGGUGACACCACUGUCAGGUUCUGGGAUUUGAGCACUGAGACCCCUCACCACACUGUCAAAGGCCACACACACUGGGUUCUGGCUAUUUCCUGGUCACCAGAUGGCAAGAAGUUGGCCUCAGGCUGCAAAAAUAGUCAGGUCUUCCUAUGGGAUCCAGUCACAGGACAGCAGCUGGGGAAGACUCUAACAGGCCACUCUAAGUGGAUCACCUGCCUAUGCUGGGAGCCUCUGCACCUGAACCCAGAGUGCCGGUACCUGGCCAGCUCCUCAAAAGACGGGAGUGUUCGGAUCUGGGACACGGUUCUGGGUCGCUGUGAUAAAAUCCUCACGGGUCAUACCCAGUCCGUGACCUGUGUGAAAUGGGGUGGAGAUGGGCUGCUGUAUACCUCGUCACAGGACAGGACCAUCAAGGUCUGGAGAUCCAAAGAUGGGGUUCAGUGCCGCACCCUCCAGGGUCACGCCCACUGGGUGAACACCCUGGCCCUCAGCACAGACUACGUGCUCAGGACCGGAGCCUUCGAGCCGGCCACGGCCACCAUCAACGCGCAGGACCUCAAAGGCUCAUUAGAAGAAAUUAAAGAGAAAGCCCUGGAACGGUAUGACAAAGUCAGGGGUCAAGGCUCUGAGCGUCUGGUGUCCGGCUCGGACGACUUCACGCUGUUCAUGUGGAACCCUGCGGAGGAGAAGAAGCCCGUGGCGCGCCUCACCGGCCACCAGGCCCUCAUCAACGAGGUGCUCUUCUCACCAGACGCACGCCUGCUGGCCAGCGCCUCCUUCGACAAGUCCAUCAAGAUCUGGGAAGGACGCAGCGGCAAGUACCUGGCGUCCCUGCGAGGUCACGUGUCGGCCGUGUACCAGGUGGCGUGGUCAGCGGACAGCCGCCUGCUGGUAAGCGGCAGCAGUGACAGCACACUGAAGGUGUGGGACGUGAAGACGGGCAAACUGCACACCGACCUGCCGGGGCACGCCGAUGAGGUGAGGGGCUGGAGAAGGGCUCACCUGGCCGCAUGCCUGGGUUCACCAAUUAAAGUUCCUCACUUGUGACACUGACAAUGUGCC